AGAGUGAAGAGAGCGUCUGUAGAAGAGCUGUUCAUUCAUUCACAACACUGACCAACACCAGCAGCACACAUGAGGGCCACACGAGCUGCCAUUCUCCUCGCGUCUCAUCUGCUGUUUGAGCUGGUCUGCAUCGAUGCAUCGAGAAGCACAGACUGUAUUUCACACAUGGACGCUUGUGUUUCUCCACACGUCUGCAAGAGUCAACAGAGCGCGCUCAGACAAACCUGCCAUUACAAAGAUGGCGUCUGCCGUAUGACUGAUGCGGAGCAGUGCACCGGGUCUCUCCAGAUGAUGCUCGCGGGAUCUCCUGUGCUGCAGGGUUGUGUGUGUUCACUGACAGACCCCUGCAGAACUCUACAACAGCUCUAUUCACACUGCCAGCCUCACUGGGUACUCCACGCAGACAGACCUUGUCUUACAGAGAUCGCAGCUUGUCUUGGGGACGAGAGCUGUAACAGGCCCAUGGUGCCGCUUCUCCAGGAGUGCAAGGCUUCCUCAUGUAAUCGCUGCACAGAGGCAAUACGGCAGUUUUACUCGGCUCUUCCUCACAGCGUGGCUGAAACACUGGUGUUCUGUGAAUGUGGUGGACAAGACCAGCAAUGCCAGGAGAUGAAGGCUCUUAUCCACUAUGGAUCCUGUGUAGGCGAGCAGACGCAGACACCCUGGACAUGUCUGGAGGCGCUGGACAGCUGCUUUGAAGACCCUUCGUGCAGGCAGGUCUUUAGCGGGUUCCUGUCCAAAUGCUUUGAGGCGGAGGAAUCUGCGUUUGAUUCCACCAGUGACUGGCUGUAUCUUCUAGACCCAGACUUCUUUCUUGGGGAGGAGGUCGAAUGCAGGGCAGCAUUUGUGAAAACAGUGGGCUCAGUACUGCAUCAUCCAUGCACUUGUGCCGGACUGCAUCAUCAUCACCAAUAUAAGUGCGAUGAGCUGAAGCUGAUUUUCCAAGACAAGUCCCUCUUCAAGCGCUCAAGAACCAAAGACAAUUCGCCACAUGGAAAAUCUCAUCAAUCAAACACACAACAACAACCUAGCAUUGAACCGAGCCGUGAUCUGCAAUGGAUAGCUGGUGAAAAUCUCAUACAUGGACAGUCCAAUGAUUCAAGCAUUGGACAGCAACCAACCAAUGAAUCCCAAGUCCAGCAGAAGCUGUUGAGUGAUCAGCUGCUGUACCUCCUGAUAUACAUCUCUGCAUUAAUGGUGGUGGUUUUGUUCAUAGUCAGCCUUGUUUUACACCGAGUGAGGAGGAUUCACCAAGCUGCUGGUAAACCAACGUUCGAGGAGCAGCAGUCAAAGUCUCUGAUGUUGUCAUCUGUCAUUAUUUGAGUCCUUUUAUAAAAUACUGGCUUCAUCAAGGAUAUUUCUGAUCUGCACAUUUGUGACCCUGGACCACAAAAUUUCAAUUGAUAUUAUUGAUUUUUGCCAAAACUCAUUAGAAUCUUAAAGGUGCUGUAUGUAAGUUUUUGACUCUUCUAAAGCAUAUAAAUGCCGUAAUAUGUUUGCAGAUAUUUCAGAAACAUGCUAAGUGAGCAUUCUUGUUUAUCAGAAAAACAAUGCUGAAGUCAGAUAUUCUGCUUUGAAAAUGUGUUUUCCGUGCUGGAACGCUGUCUUUGUUUUGGUCCUUUUAUCCCGCCCAAUGCCAGUUUAGCCAAUUAUAUUGCAGCACCCCGGAAUGCCUUGAUGGAAAACAGCGUAUUUCAUUCAUGCAUUCAGGAAGUCUCUGAAAGCAUGCGCCUGUGACCGAAAUGCGGUGGACAGUAGCAGACUCUGAAAUGAGACAGAUUCAGUUCCACAUGAGGUUAUUAAUUAGCAAAUAGUAUAAAUAUAAUGAACAUAAACAUUAGGUGAGCAGGUUACAUUUUAAUCGCGUGUCUCAACAACACGCUGUAUGACGAGAUACACAGUGAUGAGCAAUUUGGCUGUUUGCACCAGAAGAAACACGACAGAAAUGUAAAUACAGACAUUCAGAAGCACAGAAUAUGCACUCACUCACGAAAUGGUAAGGUUUAUAAUCUAUAAAUACAUAUUAGCCUUCUUUAACAUUAUUAAAUGUAGAUGCUGAAUCACUCAUAUGUGUUUAGCUCAAAAGCUCAAUAUUAAACGGUUUAUUGUAUUUUCCAGAUCUGAGCUGAACUAUCUGCUGCUGAUUUCAGUAGUAUGGCAAUAAACGUCAUGUAAAAUGGCAUUCAAACUCACAUUAUUAGCAUUUAAUACUGAAUAAAGCACAUGAGCUGUACCUGAGGUGAUCAUUGUCAUAGUUUUCUGUUGUUCAGCCGUGAGAAACAGAAGCCGUUUCUAAUAUAUCAAUUUGAAGUGUUGGUUAGGACAAAAACUCCUUUUAAUAUGGAGAAUAUUCCUUAUAUGUGGUGCUGUUGCUUUUACUUAGAACACAUUUCAAAUCACUCGCUCCUCAAUCUGCCAACCUGUGCUUGCACUCUUGGAUAAAAACAAACGCAAUACCUACUUCAACCACUGGGUGUCAAACUUACAUACUGCACCUUUAAGUAAAGAUCAUGCAUCCAUAAACAUUUUUAGUGCAUUUUCUAUUUUAAAUAAAUAUCAAAACUCAUUUUUUUUUAUUAGUUAUGUGCAUUGCUGAGAUCUUUUGACAACUUUAAAGGUGAUUUUCUCCCACAGAUUUCAGAUUUUUAAAUAGUUCCAAUAGAUAUGAUAACAUUUAAAUACUGUCCAUCCCAACAAACAUCAGUGGAAAGCUUAUUUAUUCAGCUUUUGUGUGAUGUACACUGCAAAAAGCUUUUCUCUUUUGUCUUGUUUCUAGUCCAAUACAUGUAAAAACUAUUAAGUCAAGAAGCAUUUUCUAGACAGGCAAAAAUAUUCUU